CUGCUAGUACUCACGGCUGGGACGAUACAGUGUGCUGAGGUGUUGUAAAGUAUCCUUGUGAAUGAGCGAGUGUCUGUAUCGGAACAAAAAGGUAUAACAGUGAGAUGUUUUCGGCCAAAUUGGCCAUAUUUCUGACCUUAUGGGGCGCCGGAUGGGCUCUGUAUAUUGACCAGGUUGGCAAAUGGGACUGGCUACAGAAGCACAUCGGGUCCGUGAAAUUGGUUAACUUCGGACUACUUCCCGCAGGUUCGAAUAUCGUGGUGGCCACUCGAAGUAACGUCCUUGCAGCGCUCAACUCACGUAAUGGAAAGAUUGUCUGGAGAAAACUCCUUGAGGAAGACAGUCGCGGCACCGUCCAUGCAUUGUCAGUUAGAGGCAGUCCUGUUCUUGUGGCCGGAUCCUCGCCAGCUGUAGUACGAUCAUUCCAUCCAAGCAAUGGCGCCCUGAACUGGGAAACGAGACUUCCAUUUGCUGCUCCGAAGGACUCAGACCAAAAACAUUUUAUUGACGCUGACGGAAUGCGGGUGAUCUCAGUGUACACUUCUACGGAACAUGUUGUCAUAUCUGACUUCUCGUAUGCCUCCCAAAAGGUGAAAACAUCUCCUCAAAUUCCAGCUCCAUUUGCACGUUCUGGCCAGUGUACGCUCGUAGGUGGGGCUUUCUUCACCUGUCUGGAUAACAACAAGCGCCUCCAGAUUGUCUCCCUUGAACAUAAUUCCCAGGAGUUUGUGCCAACUGAAUUGAAGUCUCUGGGUAUUUCAACAACAUCCAUUGAAUUGAAGCCACUUCCAGAGGGACCAUUUGUCGCACUCCAGUCAGGCAGUACGACGUGGCUGCUUGAGAUUAUUAACCAAGGGCCUAAAGUGCUAAGCAAGUUCGACGGACUGAAAGAUAUCACCGGUUUUAAGACUAACGGUCAGGUUUACCACGUGCUGAUACGAUUAACAGAGACGUUUUGCCUCAGCCUAUCGGUCCUUGAUCUUCAGCAUAACAAAGAAAGCGGCCUAGAUGCCGAGCUGUGCGUGCCGGACGUGUUCUCAUCCGAAGUCUCAUCUCUCUUAGUCACCGGCAUAACACGUAGAGAUGGAGCGCUAAGUUAUCGCGUGCUGGCAACUACUCGAGACGCUGCUGUCAUCAUGUUCCAGAGAGAAGGACGUGUCAUGUGGAGCCGCGAAGAGGCACUCAGUGAGGUGACGAACGUUCAAUUUGUGGACCUGCCUUUAUCGGACGUCGAAGCUCAGAUCGAAGAAGAGUUUACAGAAAAGUCGUCGGAUAUCGUGUGUAUGCUUUUAAGACGAAUUUAUUCGCAAGUGCAACAGGUCACUUCGCUAUUCGAACACAAAAACCCCCUGAGUAAAAACUUCGGUCUUGUUCGAGAUAAUUUUGGUUUUCAUAAGGUUCUGUUUAUGGCAACUAGCGUAGGGAAAUUCUUCCUUAUUGACAACCUAAGCGGGGAAAUUCUGUGGAGCAAAUUCGUCCCCGAAAUGCGACCAUUCGUCAAUGGGCUGUAUAUUAUGGCUACACAACGAUCGACAGCUCAUUUUCCACAUCCACCUGUAUUGACAGUCCUUGGCCGGGCUACGUCAGGGGGCUCUCGAGUUUUGUCCAUUAACCCCAUCACGGGCCAGGUUCUCGAUGAGCGAGAACUCCCUUUCACAAUCACGCAAUCUUCGUUAUUGUCUCCAAAUGAUGACUUCCUUAAGGGAAUUCUGCUCUUUGACGAAGUCAACAUGAAAGUCGAGGUAUAUCCAACGAACUAUGAACACAAGCACUACGUUCUUUCAGCAGCGCGUGAUGGUAUCCUUAAAGGAUUUUUAAUAGAAAAUGGAAAGCCGAAGGAGUUGUGGAUGAUGCGACUUGCAGUUGGGUCUCGUAUUGAAACAGUCGCCGUUAAGGGCGCCGAGAACGUUCACUCACAGGGUCGCGUGCUGGGGGAUCGAACCGUCCUCUAUAAAUACACGAAUCCGAAUCUAGCCGCAAUGAUCACUCACAGCCCGCAACAGGCUUGCAUAUUCGUGUAUCUUGUCGACGUCGUCACUGGAGCAAUUGUGUACCAGGGUGUUCACCACAAAGCCCGCGGUCCAGUUCACCUUGUUCAUAGCGAAAACUGGCUGGUCUACUCAUAUAUCAAUGAGAAAAUGCGCCGCCAGGAAAUCAGCGCUCUAGAUCUCUACGUUGGACUUGAGCAGCCCAAUGAUACAUUCAGCAGUUUUGAUGCUCCCCAGCCGAAGAUCGAACAUGCAACAUUCAUUUUACCAGAUCACAUCGUUCAAUUGAAGGAUACCGUGACUGAGAAGGGCAUAACAUCAAAGCUGAUCUUGGCAGCAAAUGCGCAAGGCUCUUUACUUGAGAUUCCUAAGAGUAUGCUCGAUCCCCGGCGGCCCGUCAAUCCAACAGCUAUGCACCGUGAGGAAGGUCUUAUUCCUUAUGUUCCCGAGCUGAUCGUGCCGCCGCAAGGCAUCCUUAACUACAACCAGACUAUAGCACGAGUUCGUGGCAUCGAAACAGCGCCAUCCGGCCUUGAAAGUACCUGCCUCGUCCUAGCCUAUGGCUUAGACAUGUACUAUACGCGAGUGGCGCCAAGUCAGAACUUUGACAUCCUUAAAGACAACUUUGAUCACUUGCUCAUCUGCGCUGUCCUGUCGGGCCUAGUCCUUGCCAGCUAUGUAACAAAAGCGUUAGCUGCAAGAAAAGCCCUCAAGGCAGCUUGGAAGUGAGCGACAAGUGGGGAGAUUAUAUGAAAGGGACAAUACGUAUAUUAAAGUCAAUCGAAGUGUUAGCUCCCUGUCGGAGCAUUUGAUCGUCUGCUCUUGUACGCUUUUACAACUAAAGUGACGAUAACAGGAAAAAAGAAAAGCAGACGACUUUUAACAGAGCUAUGAGGGACCAGAGAAAACAAAAGACGAGGCAGCCGCGGGAGCUUCUGUACUUUGGUAGACUGUUCCAUACAUGAAGUAACCCGUUUUUCUGGGGGGAGGCUCUUUAUUUAUGGUAGCAGGUCGAUAUUUCUCAAUUCCUUUAGGGGGUAGUUACUAACACUUAGGCGCAUUGUUGUAACAGCAACGAAGCUUAUGUAGUUCAUACACGCGGUGCUGAUAAACAGCAAUCUACGUGUGAUACCUCGAAGAUCGAUAAUUAAAUGUUAGUGUAUGGAUGCUAUUUUUUUGCUAUUUUCUUUUCUAACGACGAGAGAAGAAGAAUAUAUGCAUUCAGUGGGUUAGUAUGAAAUUAUGUUCUUACCAUAUGCAAUUCUGGGGGAACCAAGGACGAGUUGUGAGCAUCUAAAAAGGUUGGAAGAAGGGCAAUUAAAUUGAAGAAAUUUACGAAGGAUUGCGUUUAGCAAUAUACAUAUAUAAAAGGCAAUGUAAACUGCAUAUACAGUUUGUAUCGUUGGUGUAGUAAAAUAAGUUUCUCAUAGUUUUGUCAUUUGCGAAUUGCGUGAGUGUAUGCAUGCAUGAGAUUUAUUAGCACGGUUCUUGAGAAAAGCAGAACGGUAGAAAAUGAAUAAUUUACGAACAAAAAAUCAAUUAUUUAGGACACACCCAAGGGCGCGCAGCCAGAGAGAAAUGAGCUGUUGUCCGCCGCUUAAGAUUUCCGCAGAUCGCAACAAAGCAAACCAAAACCUCAGUGGUGACAGCCAGAUAAUGACACAAGGGUUUAUGAGGGAACUCAACGAUGUGGAAAUACGAAAAAAUGUACAUAUAGUCAUGAUAGUGUAUACCAUUAAUAAAUAUUUUAUA